AUGAAGAGCAAGGCGCUUAGCUUGGCGCCUUUAGCACUGUUGCUACUAAUACAAGCUUCAUCUGUACUUAGUCGGAUAGCGUUCGAGAAACUGACGGAUGUGGACUUCAGUGGUACUGCGUAUUACACCGUGCGGAACCUGUCCUUAUACGAGUGCCAGGGCUGGUGCCGAGAGGAACCUGAUUGUCAGGCGGCUUCCUUCAGCUUCGUCCUCAAUCCUCUAACGCCUGUGCAGGAAACAAGAUGUCUGUUACAAAACGAUACACAGGCCAAUAACCCCAUGGCAACACCGCAGCGUUCCGUGAACACUUACUACAUGGUUAAGCUGCAAGUACGCUCUGAGAGUGUAUGCUUGCGGCCAUGGGCAUUCGAAAGAGUACCAGGGAAAUCACUCCGUGGUCUUGACAACACGAUCAUCUACACUUCAACUAAAGAAGCUUGUUUGGCUGCGUGUCUCAAUGAGAAAAAGUUACCGUGCAGAUCCGCAGAAUAUGAGUACGGAAGCAUGAGAUGUGCCCUGAGUGAUUCCGACAGACGCACCGCUCAACAUUUUGUUCAACUAACCGAUACCCCUGGCACCGAUUACUUUGAGAACUUGUGCCUGAAGGCUGGACAGGCCUGUAAGGGCCAACGCGUCUUCACCGCGCCGCGCGUAGGAGUCGCCGAAGAUAAGGUUGCUCAGUAUGCAGGACUGCAUUACUACACCGACAAAGAGUUACAAGUGACGUCAGAGGCGGCUUGUCGGCUUGCAUGCGAAAUCGAAUCUGAGUUCCUGUGCCGAUCGUUCCUCUAUCUCGGAGCUCCGCACUCCGCUGCCUACAACUGCAGACUGUACCACCUCGACCACCACACGCUGCCCGACGGUCCUUCCGCCUAUCUGAACGCCGAAAGACCUUUGAUCGACGACGGCGAACCGAUCGGAAAGUACUCCGAGAACUUCUGCGAGAAACCGGCGAGCAAUGCGAACCCGCCCGGAGAGUUACCUGUGACGAUCGAACACCAGCAAGACACGAACAUGUCUAGCAACCUCACCAGGAACGAUGCUAAUUGCGACAAAACGGGAACAUGUUACGACGUGUCGGUGCUUUGCAAGGAUACAAGGAUCGCAGUGCAGGUCCGCACGAACAAGCCCUUCAACGGUCGGAUCUACGCUUUGGGUCGCUCGGAAACAUGCAACAUUGAUGUCGUCAAUAGCGAUCUUUUCCGCUUGGACCUCACCAUGGCCGGACAGGAUUGCAAUACUCAGAGCGUUACUGGGGUAUAUUCAAACACCGUCGUACUGCAACACCACAGCGUGGUCAUGACGAAAGCCGACAAGAUCUACAAAGUCAAGUGCACGUACGACAUGAGUUCGAAGAAUAUCACAUUCGGAAUGGUGCCGAUCAGAGAUCCAGAGAUGAUUUCGAUCACGGCUUCUCCGGAAGCACCUCCACCGCGCAUUCGCAUUUUGGAUACUCGUCAACGCGAGGUCGAUUCUGUUCGCAUCGGAGACAGUCUCGCCUUCCGUAUCGAGAUCCCGGAAGACACCCCUUACGGUAUCUUCGCCCGCAGCUGUGUCGCUAUGGCUAAAGACUCCAAGACCACAUUCCAGAUUAUUGAUGACGAAGGAUGUCCGGUCGAUCCCGCUAUAUUCCCAGGUUUUACUCCUGAUGGCAACGCGCUGCAGUCGAUUUACGAAGCCUUUAGAUUUACCGAGUCUUACGGUGUAAUCUUCCAAUGUAAUGUCAAGUAUUGUCUUGGACCUUGUGAGCCGGCGGUGUGCGAAUGGGGCAGAGAUUCUCUCGAGUCUUGGGGAAGAAAGAAGCGUUCGCUUCCUCGCAACGACACCGAAGGCCCCGCUCAGGACGAAGAAAUGAAUAUCUCCCAAGAAAUUUUAGUCUUGGACUUUGGUGAUGAGCAUCAGAGCACCGAUUUUCUACGUUCUGACAAGCCCGGCGGAGUUGCUUCCGAGGCCAACUUUGGAGAAAAAACGGUCACGAUCGUGGAGCCCUGUCCCAGUAAAGCUUCAGUGCUCCUGCUCGGAGUCGCGUGCGCGUUGCUCGUCCUUCUCUACAUAGCGACGAUCUUCUGCUACUACAUGCGCAAGUGGCUGACUCCGCCUAAGCACAUGUCGUAAUUUAUCAUAAAUCUCGCCACAUCGCACAAUGUUUCGUGACUUCACCACUCUCACUCAGGAACUUGUGAUACAAAUGACAAGUGUGCUUACUGCUUAAUGCGAGUUUUUUUACUUUCUCGAUAGCGUAAAAUUAACUC